AUGGUUGCUCCAAUCAUCCCUAAGCUGCAUGUGCUGGUCCAGAUCGUCUUCAUGGAAAGUGCAAACGAUUUGGGAAUGAUAAGGAAGACUUACUUCCACCUGUUCCACUUCUUCGAUUUCCUCAUCUUCAGCCUUCAGCAAGUCUUCUGGUUGAAUCCUAGGUCAUCUGGAACAAUCAAGGCAGGCUUUGACCUCUUCUCUGGUAUUGGACAGGCAGAAGCAGGAGAUAUAAGAUCUUGCAACCCUGCACUACUGACUGCUGCAGAUGGAAGCCUUCGUUUCCAAGUCAAACCAGACCUGGUGUGGUACAUCUAUGUGAGACACUCUGUAUACUCCAAUUCAAGUCAAAUGGCUCUGAAUUCUGCUCAGCCUCAACACAUGGCAAAAAACAACAAAUGUAUGGAAGAGGAAAACUCCUCCAAAGAGGAAAUGAUUGGAAUGAAAGGAAAAGGAGAUAGCUUUGACUUCUUUUCUGAUCCUGGCAAGACUGAAGCGGAAGACAGAUCUUGCAAUCCUGAGCUGUCCAUGGUCAUUGGGAGCCUUCGUUUCAUUGGAGCAGCUGAAGUUGAUCCUAAUGGUCGCCCAAGGAGCAAUAACAAUUUAAAACCAUCACCUCCAAAACCUCUGAGGAAGGCAUUUUACCCAGUCAGUCAAGAACAUGCUCUGUUUGGUGGAGGAAGCAUCUUAUCCCAACAUGUCCUCACCUCUAGGUAUAUAUCUCCUUCCAUGAUGCUUUAUUCUACACCUGGAGCUUCAGCUGAUAAUGGUGGUGGUGCAGAAAGAUCAAGGCAACAAAAUAUCUCCCAGCCAUCUUCCUCAUCUAUGGAACCAAUCGAGCAAUCCCAAGAUAUUCCAGGCCUCCUGAAGAAACUUCUAUAUGUUGUCCAAGAUAUCAAUAAAAAAGUUGCUGUUCAAGGGACAACACUAGCUGAUGUACAACUGAGUGUGAAGAAGAUGAUACCACCUUGCAAUGAGCUUCAAUUGCCUGUUCAGUUCCCUUUGGAUACUCUCAGCUCACUGGAAAUAAUGGAAGACUUUUUAAGUCACCCUGCCAAUGUUAAUGCCUUGGUCCAGCUUUUAAAGUUCCUCAUGGAUUUCAUAGCUGGUGGGGAGGUGAAUACUCCAUCCAUGGACCUGGAACUGGACAUGGAACUUAUCCAGCAGACUGAAACCCUGGAAUCACAUGCUCCAAAGGAAGACUGCUCUUGGACAUCCUGCAAUGCAGGUAUUUUCAUGCUCGGUGCCGUGCUGUUGUUGCCCUGUUAUGACUGGCAUUGUCUUGCGAAAGGAAGUUCUCAACCACCUCACUAUCUCAUGAAUCCCUUGGACUACUAUGUGGGAUUGCUCUUGGAGAUAGAAGUCUGCUCUCGGCCACGAACAAGUGUUGAGUGGCUGAGUCGGUCCCUUCUUCGAGCCUGA